AAAAACGUAAAAUAAUUAGUAUCAUCUGCGGAUAUUUACAAAUUUUAUUUGCCAACUUACUCUUCAAUUGAUCAAGUAAUACGUUUUUAAAUUAUUAUUUUUAACCAUGUUGGGAUCAUCGGGAUCUCCAUCAACACAACCAAUGUCUAAACCAUUGAGGCUUCGUCGGGUUAACCAUUCCGAUGAGAUUGUAUCUGGUUUCUCCAAGCUUCUCAAAACGGAAUCAAUGACAGAUGUAACGUUAAUCUGCAAUGGAGGUCAAACAAUUCGUGCUCACCGAGUUAUCUUAUCAACAUUUUCACCAUAUUUCAAAGCCAUUUUCGAGGCACAACCUUUUUCAAAUAACCCUUGUCAAUACCCGGUCAUUGUUAUCAAAGAUUUAGCUUUGAGUGAAUUACGAGCUAUCGUUGAAUUUAUCUACAAAGGUGAAGUUUCCGUUUCUCGUGAUAAAUUAUCAGCUAUUUUACAUGCAGCUCGAGCUCUUGAGGUCAGUGGAUUAUCAGAUCUUAAAGUGGAAUCUAGUAGUUUACAGUCAUCUGGUGUAGCUGCAGCAAUGGCUGCAAACGGAUUCGGAUCUUCAAACCACGGUGAUGGUGAUAAAUCAAUGUCUAAUUAUAUUGGCUCAUCAUCAUCAGGAUCCUCUUAUCAUCACCAUUCAUCUUCAUCACCAAAUUCGGCUUCCACUCAUAGUAUUCUGGCAUCAUUGACUUCGGGUAAUCCCAUUACACAAACACCUCUUGGGUCACUCAAUUUGUCAACUAACGGUUCUACCUCAUCUUCAUGGAAACGAUCAUCGUCUGAUUCCCUUAUUUCUUCCUCUCUAUUCACAAAUGGACUUGAUUCUCCAAUGAAAAAAUCACGAAUCACGGUUGAAAACAAUUCUUCUGGAACCUCACCUAGUUUUAACGAUCGACUGAGUUUGAGUGCCAAUGGGGAUUACUCACAUCAUGGUUUAAACUUGUCUUCAGCUGAAUCUAUUAGGAGUGCAUUAUCUUCCCCAGCCAGGUUUAGCUCCAAUUUAUCUGGUUAUUCAACCUCGCAAGAAAUUCUUCAAGCAACGUUGAAUCAACAAUUGAAAUCACGGAAUAUUACUGUUGAGCAAUUUUUGGCGCAAAAGCAUCAACAGCGUCAAUUAAAGUCUCAAAAAUUGCGAACCCAACAAAUGCAAGCACAAAUGAAGCAACAAAUUUUACAACAGCAAUUAUUGAGAAAUUCAUCAUCUUCUCAACAUUCACAACCAUUAUCACUGGUUCCAGGUUCUUCUGCAUCCUCAUCAUCUUCUCAUGGAUCAAAAGGAUCCCCUUCACGUUCAUGUGAUUCACCUUCCGCCUCCGGAUCAUUGGACGAUUCAAAACGCAAAGAAUCAUCAGAGUCUAAUUUGAAGAUUAAAGUUGAAGGUUCAUCAGGCUCAUCUGAAUCAACCAAAGAUGAUGAAGAUAAGCCAGAAGAUAUGAGAACCAAUGUAAACUCAGAUGAUACAGAGGACGGAGAAGAUGGUAAAGAGAAGAGGACAAAAGAUCAAGAUGAUAAUGAUAACGAAAAUAAGAGUAAAAGUAAUGGUAAAGGUGCUUCUUAUUCAGACGAGUCUGGAAAGAAUGAUAAUGACACUUCUGAUUGUGAUGAUGAUAAACCAUUACAGUUGACUAUUGAGACUAAUAUUGAUUCAGAUGAAGACGGUACACGCCAAUGCGAUGAGCAUGAUAAUUCAAAGAGAAGUGAUUCAGAGAAUAAUCAUAAUGAUGAUGGUGACACUGAGCGAGCUGAUGAUGAGGGCGACGAUGAAAUAGAUGAUGAAAACAGCAACAAAGAGGGAAAAAUAAAUAAAAGAGUUAACCAAAAUGGUAAAAAUAUGAGUUCAAAAGGUGAUUUUGACAACAACAAAGUCAAUGGUAGUCAAUCGGACGAGGAUAAUGAUGAAGAUGAUAAACGAGAAAAUGGCGAUGACGAGCCAAUUGUAAUUAACACCACUGUCGAAGAUAUGGAUGGCUACAUGACAGAUGAAAUGAACGGUGACAAUGAUGAUUAUGACGUUGAAAUAGCAAAGGAUAUAAUUUUCCAAAGGCAACAACAGCUUCGUUUACAACAGCUUCAGCGUCAACAUUUGUACCAGUUAACGCAACAAUCUUUCCACCAUGAUUCUCAAGAAGCCAAGUUAAUUGAAUUUUAUGAGCAACUUCAAUCAAUGGCACCAUUUGCCAAACAAGGAGAUCACCAUUCAGAUGACCAAUCCAAUCCUAUUAACCUUGAUUGGAAGGAAGGUUUUAUGGAUGAUUCUUAUCAUUCCUCUGAUCCUCAUGGUAAAGGUUAUCACUCCAAUCCAGUUGCUUCCCUGGCAGCACAAAAUCGUUCAUUAGCUAUGUUAGUCUCAAAUCACACGGGAAUGUCUUUGGCAGCGGCAAUGGGUCAUCCUGGAGUCAAUCCACUUUCACUGUCAUCAUCUUCAUCAGCCUCGUCUUCGUCUUCAUCUCCUCUCAAUAGAGCCAAUAACGCAACAGCUAAUCAACAAAACAAUCAAAAUAAUGGCAAUAUCAAUAAUAAUAAUCAAUCCAAUGGACACUCUUCAACAAACUCAUCAACUCCUCUAGUAACACCAGACUUCCUUCAACCCAGAGGACCGGGAAGACCUCGAAAGGGAAACAAAGCACAAGAUAUCAGUCCAUGUCCAGAGUGUCACAAAGUCUUUGUCCGUCCCGAUGUACUCAAGCUACAUUAUCGUUCGGUUCAUCUUAAUGAGCGCCAUCCAUGUAACCUUUGUCCCAAAAUUUUCAAAUGGCCAGGCGAUCUUUCAAAACACAAACGAACCAAACAUCCAGAAGCUUUGGCAGCUCAAGCAGCAGCAGCAGCAGCGGCAGCAGCGGCUGCGGCUGCCAGUCAAUGUCAAUAAUCAAUUCACUUGAUUAAAAUCAGCCAUCCAUUAAUUCAUCCGAAUGAUUAAAUCCCAUCAUAAUCUUCAUUUUGGAUCCUAAAACGCACAUAAAAGGGAACAAAGUAAACAGAUUAUAAUCAACUUUUAUUAUCACCAUCGACUAGAUUAAUUUUUACCUGAUGAUACUAUUUUUUUAUUGAUUCCUUGUUAUCAUCUACUUCAUCAUUCUCAUCAUUAUCACCGAAAUCAUCCAGAGUUCAAUAUGUUUUUUAUUCAAUUCGCUGUAAAUUAUUGGUUAAUUAUUUUUUCAUUGUUAAUCGCAACCUUUUUUUUAUAUACUCAUCUUCAUGUCAAAAAACAACAUCAUCUCUUCACCAUUCAUCAUUUUUGGGGUUUGAUUAGAAUAAGAAUUGAAUCUAAUUGGGAAGUUUGAUUAACUCUAUAAGAAAACUCUGUUUAAUUCAUUGGCCACGAAAUCAAAUUGUGAUAGACUGCACAAUCAAAUGGAAACAAGAAGCAAAAAUGGACAACAAUCAACAAAUUACAAUUUACGUCUCAUAUUUUUCUAUGCUUUUGUUUACUAAUCAUAUUUUUUGUUAAUUGUUGGUUAUUUUAUAUUUUAAAUUGAUAUUUUACAAUAUUCCAUAAUUUUAAUUUCAUGUUAAUGGUCAAAUGUUACUGUUAUUUUUUGCUGUACAAUACUAAUGAUUUUAAAAAUUACAAUUAAUCCAAUGGAUAAA